AUGCAAUUCUUUUUCAAGUCGGUCUUAUUACGUGGCGGAGUAACUCAAUCUAAUAGAAUCGUUAAGCGCGGCCGAGGCCGUUUAAGAAAUCUCUUUUUUGCCUUAGCUAUUGCUGCUGUUAUAGCUGCGGCGGCUGCGGCGGCUAUACUACGCACUCUUACCUCCGAAGCUUCGCUCUUUUCUUUAGACCCUCUUAUUAAGCGCUUGCUUAUGCUAACGAUCGUCAAGGCUUUAAGGUGUAUUAAGUGCAUCAAUAGUAAGAUCACAUCGAGGUCUAAUAAAGACUGUUAUAAUUGCGAUACGAGCGUUAUACGCUGUCUCCGGUGUGCUAAAGGUAGCUAUAGCAAUUGUACCGCUGCUUUUGCCGCUAUUAACACCGCUUUCGAUAACUUCGUAAGCGCUAAGGAUAGUGGUGCUAUACAAAGAGUUCGCCGAGAUGCUGCCCUUUUAAGAGGUGCUGCUAAUGGUCCGGGCGGUCUAGCGAGUGGAAGUAGAGGUUUUAGAAGUAAUCCCGGUAGCUUUGCAGGUUUUGCUCUUGCUUUUAAGACUUUUAAUUUGAAUGUGGCUUUUGUUAGAUUGAAUGGUCUUGUAGCAGCAAACCGUAGUCCGGUGACGCGGAGCGCUUCGAGCAUAUUACCUUUUCCAGCUUUUGCGCUUGCCGCUCUUGUUGCUUUCGUCGCUUUCGUUGCUCUCGUCGCUCUCGCAGCUCUCGUCGUUCUCGUCGCACUUAUUGUCGUCGCCCCUUUUGCGCUAGUCGUUGCGCCUGCCGCUCUCGCGGCGGCGCCCGCCGUUGCUAUGACUCUUGCGGAGCGCCGAGCUAAAGUGAAAAGAUUGCUAAGAGCUCUAGUAGAUCUUUUGUUAUAA